AUGGAUUCACAGUCGCCGAAUCCUCCUUACGCCGUCCCUCCUCCAUUCUCCCCUCCUCUGCCCGCCAAACGCUCCUCCACCGACACGCACAAACCCACCUCGGUCGACGUCGACAUGAUGAGGUCAGAAGAGCGCUCGACGAGAGCCGCCAGUGUAUUAUCUGGAAUGUCUGCAGAAGAUAUGGAGGCUGCCGAAACUCUCAGCGGCCUGCACCAGAAGUAUCAUUCGCCCUCACACUCCCAGCCUGCUCCAACUCUUGUACAAACGCAAACCACUUUCGGCUCCGACCAGCCUGAGCCCCUUCUCCGUCUCUUCACCAGUCAGUACCCACUCGCCGGAAGUCUGAUCAACGGCUCGCUGUCGGCCUACAAAACGACGCAGUCAUACAUUCCAGGUGCCGAAUGGACAGAAAGAAAUGUUGGUCUCCCAAUAGCAGGCACAGUAGCCAGAAUAUCAGGCGUCGAGGGAGGGUUGCGAUGGGCUCUACAGCCGAAGCGCGGAAGCAGGUCUUCGACGGCUGCACCACAGACACCAGACGUGGAAAAGGGUUGGGCAGAUAUUGCUCCAAACGGCACCCAGCGGUCGAGUGGUGACAUGACAUACAGUGAGACACUACCUGCUUAUAACCCUGGCGAUCGGUCACCUCCAUACUCUGAGAAUCAAGUUGCGCUACAGUCCCGCGAUCAGCAGUCGCCCGCGAAUUGGCGACAUCAGCUUGUCAUUUCGACCAGCGGCCUCGGCAUUGCCAUGAGCGACGAGUCGAUCCGAAGUCUGCGUUACUGUCUGAGCUGGCUCCGCUGGGCAAACGGCCGACUGGACGAGGCCAUUCAGAAUUUGAAGAACUUGCUCCAGAGGUGGGACGAAGGAGCCACUCCCAACGAACAAGCGUCGCCAAUGUCGGUGGCGAGCAUCACAAAUUCGUCAGAGGAACAACGACAGGCGGCGUUGUUGGCGCGGAUUUCUGCCUUGAAAGCCGAUGUCCUUCAAACACUGAAGCACGUGGUUGGCAUCGUGUCCAACUAUGCCGGCGGUGCUCUUCCACAGAACGCCAGAGACCUCGUGCACAGACAUCUGAUCAGCUUGCCCCAGAGAUUCAACCUCGCCAACAUGUCCGACAACGACUCAUCGAACGGUACCGAUGGAAGCAUGUCGGAAGCCGCCAAGAGCGGAAGACGAGUCAUGGUCCUCGCGCAAGAGGGUCUUGACAUGAUGACACAAGUCAGUCGCGUCGUCAACGACACCUUGGUUAGUGCCGAGGGAUGGUGCGAGAGACUCGGUCGCCGGGCGGCCAGUGGUCAGCCACAGUCUCAGAUCGGAAGUAUCGAUGAGAAAAUGGACACUGAUGACCGACAACGCAGUGUGAGGAGUGAGACGCUACCCCUGAUGGACGCUGAAAAGGGUGACGUGAACAUGCAAAUGUAA